AUGACACCGGCACCAGACAACCCACUCGAGAGGAAGCGUGACAGAUUCAAACGGCUUUUCCUCGGAGACCGCGCCGACCAGGCAAAUGCACAAGCAAGCACUUGUCAGAGUGAUGUAUUGAUCGAGAAAGGGGACCACAGCGCACCGAGUGCCAUCCAGCAGGCCACGGAGCCCACAGCUGUCAAAGGCAACGUCUCGAAGAGUCCUGAAGACCCCAGCAAAGAUGACAACGUGUCCCAAGUCGCAGAAGUAGAGGCGGGUCAGGUCUUGUCUCCUACCGCGUUGAGAUUCCAAGAGAGUUUCGGUAGCGACGAUAUCUGGAGUGCUGCUUACCGCGAAGCGAUCUUGACGUUUGACAGCUCACAGCGAAGCCUCCUACUGGCGGGCUCUCGUGAGACAUUCUUUCAGCUCAUGGAAAACCUCCAGGGUGACGUCGGGGGUGGUUCGACCUUGAGUAGGGGUCUACUGCACAUGAAGGGUCCCUUGGAGAGACUUAACAUGGCCCUGGAUGUAGCUAAACCUCUGACGAGUCUCGAGCCGACACAAGCCCUGUCUACCGCGGUUGGCAUCGUCCAAACAGUCAUCAAGGCAAGUUGA